UUUUUUUUUCCUUUUUGAGAUGUAAAUAGUAAAUUGACAUUUUAUAAUUAAAUACACUGAAAAAGAGACAAUGAAAGACAUAGUAACCUGAAUUUAGCAUGAAGCUUGGAGCUCAGAUUUGCAGCCACUUAAAUUGCACAUGGAGAUUCAUUUAAUCUGUACACACACGCAACAGCACACAACUUUUAUUGGUGAACGGUACAGGUUUAAAAUGAAGAAAUAUUGUUAGCUGAAUACUAUGGAGCCGCAAACCCUGCCCCAUAACUUUUAGAUUUGGAUCCUGUUGGUCAGAUGUAAUACUUAAGAAAGGAUUCUUUCGUUGGCUAUUGUUCCAUCAUCAUUACAAAAAAAAAGUAAUUUUUUAUUGCUUUAUACCAUAUGCCCAAAAUGCAUUGAAUCUGGAUUACACAAAUGAUAAAUAAUAUAAUUUGUAAUCACAAAUUAUAAAAAAAAAGGACAAUGUAGAUGUUAUAUAUACGAUUUAAAUAAAAAUCACUUUAAGAUAUAUAAAACACAGGAAUAUAUUACCCUCCAUUACUGAUUUGUGUCAUCUUUAUAUUAUUAGGCUGCUUUAGAGAGCACCAGUGAUGCAUGCUAGAUAACAUGAGAUAUAUUUGAAGGCCUCUUACUGUUCGUUAUGAAUAUAAUCUAGUUUUGCCAUAGCCUAGUCUUUUCACACAGUCCUAUCCAUGCAUUGAGUAUAUUUUGUGUAGAUUGUAAUUGUAAUUGUUAAAGUGACAGCAGUCUGUGGCACACUGGUGUGAUUAAAGGAAUAAAAAAAAAAGGCUGGUCUUAAAGUGGCUGCAAUUCUGCUAAAAGAUAAUAAAUAUAUAUUUAUAUAUUAUUGAGGCUAUAUACAAUUAAGCAUUUUAUUAAUGCAUGAUUAAUAAAAACAAAGCAAACUAUACACAAGAUAUAAUUUUCUUUACAUGUGAAUGCUUUUGAAAGUCACUAAAUACUUUGAUUUCAGCUGCUAAAUUUUGCAGAAUGCACAUCCCUGUGUAAAAUGGAACUGAUAGGUUUGGGGUUUUAAUUUGCAGCAAUUAUGUUAUUUCACACUCUCUGUGCAUGAAAAAAACGGCACUAUUAAUUUCUGUGACUCCACACUUUCCUUGUCAUCCAAUUCACACAGCAUAUAGAUUAUAUAUCUCACAUAUAUUGUAAGAAUCUAAUUAGCUUUUUCUGUGAUAAAAAAAGAGCAGAUGUGAGUACUAGUAACUACUGACUUUUACUGCUAUAAUGUCUAUGAUUGGAAUGCUUAAUCUAUAUGCUAAUGGCAUGUACAAGCUCAGCCCCUCACAUGUCAGCAGUGGUACCAUACAUGAUAUUGUGAAUGGACCUCUUUUAUAUCUUGCUGCGCUCGCCAAUCUAGCAAACCAGGACAAUCAUGUAGUAAGACUUAUCUGGUCGACUAACAAUCACAAUCUGGAGAAGAGAGCUUAUAUUAUAUGUUUAUAUUUUCUGCCAGUUUUUCUUUUAGAUGACCUUGAAAGAAACCCUAAGGCAUUUUACCUCCAAGAUUUUCCCUACAACUGGUCAUGGUAAAAUGCAGCGAUGACAGAUGUUUAUAAAGAACUCAGGGAAAAUCUUGGGCAAUGUUGUGGCCUGUACCAAAAGAGUUUCUAUUAUCCAUGAGCUUUCUGUGGGUUGAUUGCCAGGAUUUCAUUGCGUUAGAGAAGACUGCAACUAUAGAACAUGUUCCACCUUAUCUAUAUACACAACAGAGUAAGAAAAAACUUUUAGAUAUUUAGGAAAAAAAAUUAAAUUUUAGAAAUGUCAAUGUAUUCUAGCCAUUGGCAUGUCUUGGCUAUAGAUUGUUCCUUGGAGUACAACCACAGGCUUCAUUUAGAUGGUCUCCUUAAUAAUAUUUUCCUUAUGAGCUAUUCUGUGCAUCAGCUUUUGACAAAAUCUAGUUGUGCUCACCUUCAACAGUAAACAAUCUAAUGCAACAAACUGCUAUAUAUGUGGGAAAAGCUAGCUUCUACAAACACAUAUAUCAACAGGAAAUACAAUAUAGAGUCAUCACAAGGUGGUCAGCAAGAACCCACCAUAAAGGAACCAAUCCUCCGUUCUUUUCUCCCAGAUUUGUCCCCAUGAUUUGCUUAUCAGUUCCAUUUUGCUAACCAAUGAGUUUGUUAUAUACAUUUUUUUGAUAUCUGGAAUGAUUAGCAGCUGUUUUCUCAUUUAUUUUCUCAUAUUUUUAUUCCAGGAUUUGCCUCUGAAGCAGGGAGUGUCUGCAUUAAAAAUGACCUGUAGUUCUCUGCUUCAUAGAUGCCUCAUCUGCCUCCUCUUCCUCAAUGGGCGGUGCUUGCAGCUCCUUUACCACCACUUCCAGCCCUUCUAUUCACUCUACCUCACUCACCGAUACCAAAACUAUGCAAUCGGAGAGUUGCUCCUCUGCUCUGGGGGUAAGUAAACCAGGGGUAAGUGAACAGCUCUUAGCCAGUAAUGCAGGCCUGCAACAGUCUGAGCCACUAAGAUGGGCAGUCCUAAACAUUUCGCCACCACCCGAAGAUUUGCUCGAUAACAGUCAGAUGUCCUGCCAAGAUGAAGGGGAUGGACUGGAGUCGGAGCAGAGUUGCAGUAUGUGGAUGGAAGAUUCCACAUCCAAUUUUAGCAACACGAGUACCCAUUCUUACAAUGAUAACACAGAGGUGCCUCGUAAGUCACGGAAACGAAACCCGAAGCAAAGGCCUGGAGCCAAACGGCAGGGUUCCAACAUGGAUGUUUUUGAUGCUGAUAGCGCCAAAGCUCCCCAUUAUGUGCUUUCCCAGCUCAACUCGGACAGCAAAGGCCAUACUGGAAAUGGAGCCACAGAGAUUCCAAAGGGAGGAAAAAAGAACCUGGUGUUGUGUGAGCAGUAUCCAGCUAAAGCUGAGGGAAAAGAACUGAAAAUAGUUGUACAACCAGAAACCCAGCACCGCGCCAGGUAUCUAACAGAGGGAAGUCGGGGCUCUGUGAAAGAUCGGACACAACAGGGCUUUCCUACUAUAAAGCUGGAAGGUCAUAAUGAGCCUGUGGUUCUUCAAGUGUUUGUUGGUAAUGAUUCUGGCAGAGUGAAGCCGCAUGGAUUCUACCAAGCUUGUAGGGUUACUGGGAGAAACACCACGCCCUGCAAAGAAGUGGACAUAGAGGGCUCAACAGUUAUUGAGGUUGUGUUUGACCAGAGCAACAUGACACUAGCGGUUGAUUGUGUUGGGAUCCUGAAGCUUCGGAAUGCAGAUGUAGAAACACGGAUAGGGGUUGCAGGUUCUAAGAAAAAGAGCACUCGUGCCAGACUUGUGUUUCGAGUAAACAUCACUCGCUCAGAUGGCUCUGUUUUAACUCUUCAAACACUCUCUUCACCUAUUCUUUGUACCCAGCCUGCUGGUGUCCCUGAAAUCCUAAAGAAGAGUUUACAUAGUUGCUCAGUGAAAGGGGAUGAGGAGGUUUUUCUGAUUGGCAAAAACUUUCUGAAAGGAGCAAAAGUUGUAUUCCAAGAGAAUAUUGCAGAUGACAAUUCAUGGAAAGCUGAAGCUGAAAUUGACAUGGAGUUAUUCCACCAGAAUCACCUUAUAGUGAAGGUUCCUCCUUUCCACGAUGAGCACAUUACUUCCCCUGUUUCAGUAGUUAUGUUUGUUGUGACAAAUGCAGGACGUUCUCAUGAAGUUCAGCCUUUCACAUACACUCCAGAUCAAUCCAUUCCAGUAAAUGUUCUUAUAAAGAAAGAGAUCAGCCCAACACAGUCCUGCACUUUUGAAGACACUAUGAAAGCAACAGCACCAUCUGCCUGCAACACUGAUCAAGUGAGUUUGCUUCCAAGUACUCUCGGUUUCCCUCUUAAAUCAAGUGGUUUAAUUAAAAAUGAAGACAGUGCUCCUAUGGAGAUGACAGCUGAUCAGAGAUCCUCCCCUCUGUACAAAACAGCAACUAUACAAGAAAAAUCAUCAAAUGCUAGACCUUUUUCACCCACUGUAUCCCAUCUUCCUGCUGAUGGGAAUCAACAAGCAUCAAUUCAAGUGCAGUCAUUCAGCACAGAACCUCUGUCCACCAUCCAGACCCAAGACCUUGCACAGCCUGACAGUUUUCAGUCCGUGACCUCUUCGAGCCAGUGCCAGACUAAUGAUUCCAUAAUGCAGCCGACUGGACAAUUUCAGACCAUGGAUAGCCAACCCAGUGACACAAUGCAGCCAGACAACGCCAUUGUCACACUUUCACAAAUGGCUGAAGUCACUCCACAAGCUCAGCAAUCCACAAUGCAAGAGCAAGCACAGACAUUAGAACAACAAAUCACUACAGGCUUUUUCACCUCUACAAGUAGCGUAAACCAAUUACAAAGUGCGAUGAACCAGCUACAGUCUGGUAACUUUCAGUCCAGUGUGAGUGGUGGUAAUACAAAUGCAGAUUUGGUCCAGCAGGUUCUGGACUCACAGCAGUUAUCUUGUGUACUUUUUCCUGGACAAGGUACAAAUGAAAGCAAGCAGGCCCCAGUUGGACAAGUUCAGGAGCGGAUAAGUGCCGACAUAUUCCAACCAGUUGCUUCAAUACAAAGCAGUGCAAAUUCUGGGCUGUUUUCCUCCUCUGAAUCUGUGCAUUCCAGAUCAGAAAAUAUGCUUUUGGGAAGAACCGACAGCCUUCUCCAACAGGCUGAAAAUUCUUUGUCUAAUCAACAACAACCCAUGGAGACCACAGCAGCCCUAGUCAUAGAGAUGCAGCAAAGUAUUCUUCCUUCUGAUAGUACAAUUCAAUCUGACCUUUUCCAGACGCAAAACUCUGGAACAGCAAACAUUCACUCACCUGUCUAUCAGCAUCAGCAAGGUUCUCACUUACUCCCUGGACUGUCCACUAACGAAGAGAUGCCAAUGCAGUGUGAUAUGUUUGCUACUGCAGCGGUUUCUGGAAGUGAAAGCAGUGCAAGCCAGCAGCAGGUAUCUACAUCUGGUGCAACUAUGUACCAGCCUUCUAGCUCUACAGAUAAUGAUAAUGCUUCAGCACAAGCAGAACACAUGCAAAGGAAUGUGUUUCAGUCUAUGGUCCAGAUGCAACACAGUGGAGAAGCCCAGAAUCAAGUCACUCUUUUUUCACCAGAUGAAGACAUGCUUGGAGUUCAGCACGGCAGUGGGCUUUUCCCCCCUGAAGAGUUAAUGAGUAACUUCAUGCAACAAUCCCCUCACUCACACACUACAAUUUAUCACUCACAGAACACAAUCGAGGAGAGACAUAGUAUAAACCAGGAAACUCAGGGCUCUCUAUUCCAUUCUACAAGCACUAUGGCGCAGCAUCAGAACACUGUAUCUCAAGAUCAAAUGCAGUCUCCACUUUUCCAUUCACAGAACCAAUUGUCUGUCACCGCAGAACAGAAUUCUUCUAACCUAUUCCUAUCCCAAAGCACUAUGAGCUCACUGCAGAGCAAUCCAGUGUCUCAAGAGAAGCAGCUCUCCUUUUUCACAAGUCAAAAUUCACUUCCUCAGCUACAACCUGCUACAACCUCAGAACAGCAAGCUGCCUUUCAACAGCAAGCCCAACUGUCUCACAUGCAAAACGCAAUAAUCUCCCAAGAACAGCAGCAGCAAGCUUCACAGAGUAUAUACCAGCCACAGAACCAACCAACAUCAAUUUUCCAGGCAACUCACUCAAUGGUUGGAAUUCAGAGUAGUCCAUCUUCUCAUGAGCAGAGACAAAACAUACUAUUCACCACACACAAUUCCCUAUCUAACAUGGGAUCCCCAGAGCAGCAGCAAAGCCUCCUUUUUAAUACUGGACAGGAACCAAUGUCCACCCAAGAACAGCAGAAUCAAGCUCUAUUUCAUUCCCAGAACAUGGAAUUCCAGUCCCAAAGCUCUGUUUCCACUCAGCACGAACAGCAACAGCAGUCUCCAAUGUUCCAUAAUUCUCCACAACUUCAGCUUGUUCAGGCCUCCCCAACCUCUCCAGAGCAACAUGUUAGGUUGUUUAUGUCCCCGGUUUCAAUGUCAGCCUUGCAGAGCAGCAUGGACCAGCAAGACCUGCAGCAAGCCAGUAUAUACUCACAGUCUAUCCAGGGCAGUACACCGCCUCCUCCUCAGCAGUCGAAUAUAUACCACAACUCCACAGGUGGAGCAAUGGGUCAAAUUCAGGGUCAGCCAACAUCAUCCUCACAGGCAUCAGGAAUGUUUUUGUUUGGGAUUCAAAGCAAUUGCGAUCAGCUUAUCUCCCAGGCUGCUGGUUCCAUAUCUGAGCAGAUACUGGCUAUGGCACAAUCUGGUCAAUCUCAAGGAGAUGCCCAAUCCAUAACAACAAUUCUAUCCCAACAAAUGACAGAUAAUCAAUCAAUGACCUCUGAACAGAGCAUGGAGAAGAUCAGCGAUUUGUUUGAAUCUUUGCAGAACCAGGGGACCAGUUUGCCUAGCUCUUUCUAACCAGUAAAGCAGAAACUAUGAGACAGUUGCCAGAUUUACAAAGAAAAACUGGAUUAUUCUGUACAGCUACUAUGGUCCAAACAGAAUUGGUUUGUAGUGUCACCUGUUUGUGUCCUUUAGUAUUUUCUGACCAAGGCUAUAAAGCCAAUAAAUUGUCAUACUCCAGAAAGCAAUAGCCGUGAGAGGCCUGGUUUGUGGUAGCUGCUGUUUUUUUGUCGGCUUCCAAUCCUGGAAUUCUGCAGUCAUUGCUUUCUACAUCUGCACCUGUUGUAAUGUUUACCAUUGUGUUUGUUCAUUGUUCACCUAUGUCCGUGUGUAAAGUAGGUUUCUGUGUAAAUAUGUAUGUACAUAAUAUUCUAAAAUAUAUUUUUUUCUAUGAACUUUCCCUCAAGCAAAAACUAUUUUGCCCAUUUAAGAAGCUGUGAUCGUUAAAAGCAUGUCACACUAUGUUUGUCACAUGUAGCGCUCAGUGUUAUACAUAUGCGGCACUCGUGUAGUUGUCACUGCUGCUGAGUUAGCAUUGCACAUGGGUCAGUGAAGUGUUUGUUAAGUAAAGCAGGUCUGGAUCCAAGGCAGCUGAUCCCAAGCCCAGGUCUGGCUCUGGAAGUCUCCUCUGUUUCUUCUAAUCCUGUGUUUGUCUUCAAUAUGCACCUUUAGUCUAAGCAAGGUGCUGCAGGCUGCUCCAGCUGGAACAUAUUCCUUACCCUGUUCAUGUCUCUUAUAUAAAUGAUUUCACUGUCUGUCCCCCUUCUUUUUACAUGGGAUGGGAGGGUGGUUGUAAGCUCCUCCAUGUCACACAACUAAUGCUGCACUUUGGGUUUUAAGAAUAAGAAUAAGAAUAUAUAUAUAUAUAUAUAUAUAUAUAUAUAUAUAUAUAUAUAUAUAUAUAUAUAUAUAUAUAUAUAUAUAUAUAUAUAUAUAUAUAUAUAUAUAUAAAAGAAUAUUUUGUUCCUGAGCCAUGUAGAUAUGAAUUAUUGUUACCUUUCCUGUUUCCUUUUUUCUGUCUUUUCAUUAAUAGCUCCUCAAAGGAGACUUUUAAAGGUUUCAGUUGUGCGGGUUUUUGCAGACAUCAUGAAGGGAACUGUCUCAGAGAGAUCCGUUCCAUGUAAAUUAAUUUUGAAUACAGUUUUAGGGUCGUUCUAAACUUUUGGAUGGUUUUUAAUCGAAUGCGUUUCAUUUUAUGGAAAGCUAUAUUUUGUAUUUCGCAACUGGCAAUUGCUAGAUGUACUGAUAACGUGCAUUAGCAGAAUUCUAUAUAAAUAUGCAUAUUAAAAGUUUAUAUAAAUACUAUAUUCUAUUAUAUAUUAUUUUGCACAAUGUGGCAGAUUUUGUAAGUUUUUGUGUCUGUGGCUCCUCGUAUUUGAUGUAAGGUGAGAACUGGAUAUGUGCUGCUCCACUGGGGGGGGGGGUUUGGUAGAGCGAGGUUUGUUUGCAGUCCAGAUACAAUUAUUUUUUUAUACCAGUCAGUCUACUGUGUUCUGUCUUUUUGUACUUUAGUGUUGUACAAGCACAACCAGUGGCUGGGUCAGCUGAUAUUACCUAUAUAGCAUUCAUUAUUGAAUUGUGGGUGCAACACCGUUCAGUCUGGUGCCAGUAUCAUAGAAAGGAAGUUGACUGCUGGGCACAUUAAUCUAAAUACAUCUUUUAUUGUAACAAACCUCUCUAGAACUCCAGUAUUACAAUAUGGCUGAACCAUAUUGCCCUUGAGAAAGGGAUUUGCCUGAAACGUGUAGUAACAUACCAAUACAUACUAAUUGCAGCAAAGAUCUGCAAUGUCAGGUGUCCUCCAUUUUUCAAGAUGUUGCAUAUUUUUUUUGGUCUGCCAGAGUACCAGAAGUUGUUCUUCCAUUAGGCCCAGGCUCUAGUGGAAAAAGCCUAUAUAACCUCUAGCAUUAGCUCUGCCGUAUACUAUAUGGCACUGUCUCCAUUUGGUUGUAAUUAGGGUGGAUCCCUGAUGUCAGGUUCUCUGGUUAGCACUAUGUCAACACUGAGAAUAUCCCGAGGUUUCAUUUGUCCCAGUUUAAAUUGUUAGUUGGGCCCAGGAUUCCAAUGUAUAGGUGUUUCUUUGUAUCAUCUCCUGUGUCAUGGAUUCUCUUGGAUGCAAUUCAGCGAUUUGCCACACUGUCUUAUGCUAUGUUACUAUUUAUUAGCCUUUAUUUAUAUAUCACCAACAAUUUGUGCAGUACUGUAAAGAAAUUAUACAUCACUGACACCAGCUCCUGCACCACAUGAGCAUACAAUCUAAGCUCCCUAUCACACAACACACACACACAUAUACUAAUGUAACCAGGCAGUUGUGUGCCUUCUCAGCCUUCCAAAUACAGAUAGACAUUUUCCCUUCCUUUGGUAGAGCAAUUCCAAAUCCCUACACAAACAGUAAGCUGAAUAAAGUUCUGGUCUUCACUAACACUAAAGCAGGAAUUCAUUAACUAUAUCAACUUUUUUGCUGUUUAGUGGGAGCCAUUGUUAUGUGUGCUGGUUUCCAGGUUGGGCACAUGUUUUUACUUUGUUUUGGUUAUUAGAGGUUCCUAUGCUGCUCUAUUAUUAUUAUUAUUAUAAGUGUGAUAACCCUUGCGUACAAAUAACAUUGCUCUUCUUUGUUUAACUGAGAGUAAUCUGCAGUGAUGGAACUACAUAAUAGUGGUGUAACUAAAGGUUAUUUUGCCCCAUGGAAAUAUUUUUGUUAGUGUAUGAUCACACUACAUCACCAAACAUUCAUAUGGCCAGAAAGGCACAAAUGUGAAAAAAGAAGAAUAACAUGUAUGCGUGUAUAUAGGUAUGUAUCUUUUUAUAUAAAUGCAAAAAAAAAAAAAUGUUGAUAUGCCAUUACACAUUAAGGCCAAGAAAAGUACAAUGGGCAAUUGACCAGGAGCUGUAGACUUUAUCAAAUUGUGUUGAAAGGAAAAGGGGGGUGGUUUGAGGCCUAAUCUGUCUUAUUCAGGAUUGUCAGCUGUUCGUUCUACCCAAGGUACACUCAUACGUUAAGCACUUCUUAGGGAGAGAACUUGGGUGAUGAGAUUUUUUAAAAGGUUAACCUUUAUCAAGGUCAAGACGUCAGAUAAUAGUGUGAUUGUUCAGCUUUUGUCCAGUUCUCAGGCUUAAAGAAUUUGCCUUAGUCAUCUGCAUCGUAUGUACCCUCAGCUGGCUCCUAUAAAUAUCCUGGGGUUGACUGGUUUCUUCUACUUGUAUAGUACAGUUGUACAGUUCCCUGGUAGUGAACACGGCAUCUCUUGUUUCAGAGAACAUCCUCUGUUAUCCCACAGCAUCACAACAAGGGCAACUAGCGCGGGACCAAGGUUUAAUUCUAUCACUUCAGUAUUAAACAACGCACAUAUUUUUGUAUUCUAUGGAUUAUCCAAUUUGUUUCAUAGAAAAAGACCAGUUACCACCUUACAAUUGUCUGGCAACCCUGUUUCACACAGCAUGGAGGAAUGGAGGCUUGGGUAUUGGUCACUAUAACAAAGAAGAUGUUUUAUCUCUUAAUCCACUGAAUGUGCAUUUAGGGAUUUUUAAAUUAUAAUUGCAUUAGACGUAGAUAAUACAGAUAACACUGUGUAUCCAUGUUCCAGUUAUCCGCAGCACCCAUUGCAGCAGAGCAGGGAGCCUCCAGCACUCAAAUGGUUAAACCAGUAAGCUCUUUUUGGAAAUAGUAUUUGUAUCAUAUAAAGUGCGUUUUUUUGCAGUUAGGGUCACAACCUUGCCAGGCAAAAGACAACUGAACAUCCACAUAUCUCUGACACUUCUCAAGCUGCUAAAUAGACUUUUCCAGGAUAACGCUGAGAAGCAGAAAGUGACCCCCAGCUCUUGCCCUCGAGCCUAGCCUACCUGACCACCAUUUGCUUUGUGACAAGACUACAUUUGCUUCGAGCCUAGACUACCCGACCGGCAUUUGCUUCGAGCCUAGACUAUCUGACCGGCAUUUGCUUCGAGCCUAGACUAUCUGACCGGCAUUUGCUUCGAGCCUAGACUAUCUGACCGGCAUUUGCUUCGAGCCUAGACUACCUGACCGGCAUUUGCUUCGAGCCUAGACUACCUGACCGGCAUUUGCUUCGAGCCUUGACUACCUGACCGGCAUUUGCUUCGAGGCCUAGACUACCUGACCGGCAUUUGCUUCGAGCCUAGACUAUCUGACCGGCAUUUGCUUCGAGCCUAGACUAUCUGACCGGCAUUUGCUUUGAGCCUUGACUACCUGACUGGCAUUUGCUUCGAGGCCUAGACUACCUGACCGGCAUUUGCUUCGAGCCUAGACUACCUGACUGGCAUUUGCUUGCUCCAUCACCAAAGUCAUAUAGUGAGGCUUCAUAUUUAUCCCCAGCCAGAAACAUACUGUACAAACAAGGGACGACAGAGCUCUAGACUUUGUAUGAAGGAAUCCCCAGCAGGACUGUACAAUACCAGUACAAUACCAGUAUCCCAGCCUCUUUCCAUCCCUGUUUUGUCUGAGUUGUGCAGUGCGCGGCUUUGUUACAGGGGCUCCGAUGGCUUUUAUACCAGCUACUCAGUGUGUUCUGUUAGGACAGAAAUGUUAUUGUUUUUAGCAUUCUUGUAAUAAUGUGUUAAAUAUUAAACAAAAGAUAUUUUGCUUCUAUUGGGACAUUUGUAUACUCUUUGCUAUUAUAUUUCUGUAUAGAGCUGAAAUCGAUAAUAAAACUUUCAAAGUUUU